CUCCGCCCCCACACGCUCCCCCGCCCGUUAGCUCGGGCUUGGCGCACAGGCGCUUGUUUGUCUCUGCAGGAUCCUUAACGGAGAGCGGCGGGAGCGGCGAAGAUGCCCGGAAAGCUGAAGGUGAAGAUUGUGGCCGGGCGCCAUUUGCCUGUAAUGGACCGAGCGAGUGAUCUGACCGAUGCCUUCGUUGAGGUGAAAUUUGGUAACACAACAUUUAAAACAGAUGUGUAUCAUAAGUCCCUUAACCCUCAGUGGAACUCAGAAUGGUUUAAAUUUGAGGUGGAUGAUGAAGAUUUACAAGAUGAGCCUCUGCAGAUUACAGUACUUGACCAUGAUACUUACAGUGCAAAUGAUGCCAUUGGCAAAGUGUAUAUUGAUAUUGAUCCUUUACUGUAUAGUGAGGCUGCUACAGUAAUCUCAGGAUGGUUUCCAAUUUAUGACACCAUACAUGGUAUCCGUGGGGAGAUCAAUGUAGUUGUAAAAGUAGACCUCUUUAAUGAUUUAAACCGUUUCAGGCAGUCAUCUUGUGGAGUAAAAUUCUUCUGCACAACAUCUAUUCCAAAGUGUUAUCGAGCUGUAAUCAUUCAUGGAUUCGUAGAAGAAUUGGUGGUAAAUGAAGAUCCUGAGUAUCAGUGGAUUGACCGAAUUCGUACACCAAGGGCAUCAAAUGAGGCCAGACAGAGACUUAUUUCGUUAAUGUCAGGUGAACUCCAAAGGAAGAUUGGUUUGAAAGUACUUGAAAUGAGAGGAAAUGCAGUUGUUGGGUAUUUACAGUGUUUUGACCUGGAAGGAGAAUCUGGAUUAGUGGUACGAGCCAUAGGAACAGCCUGUACGCUGGAUAAAUUAAGUAGCACGGCAGCAUUCCUUCCUGCAUGUAAUUCCCCAUCCAAAGAAAUGAAAGAGAUUCCCUUCAAUGAAGAUCCCAAUCCCAAUACUCACUCAUCAGGACCCUCCACCCCUCUGAAAAAUCAAACUUAUUCCUUUUCACCUUCCAAGUCCUACAGUCGACAGUCCUCUUCUUCUGACACAGAUUUGAGUUUGACACCCAAAACUGGAAUGGGCAGUGGGAGUGCUGGAAAAGAAGGGGGGCCAUUUAAAGCUCUGUUAAGACAGCAGACUCAAUCAGCGCUGGAACAGAGGGAAUUUCCAUUUUUCACUUUGACGGCAUUUCCUCCUGGAUUUCUUGUGCAUGUUGGGGGUGUUGUUAGUGCACGCUCUGUGAAACUUUUGGAUCGAAUCCACAAUCCUGAUGAACCAGAAACUCGAGAUGCUUGGUGGGCAGAAAUCAGACAAGAAAUAAAAUCUCAUGCAAAAGCAUUAGGCUGUCAUGCUGUAGUGGGCUACAGUGAAUCAACUAGUAUUUGUGAAGAGGUCUGUAUUUUAUCCGCAUCUGGCACGGCAGCUGUACUGAACCCUAGGUUUCUUCAGGAUGGCACGGUGGAAGGCUGUUUGGAACAAAGACAAGAAGAAAAUUUACCUGCAGGUUGUGGAUUUUGUCACAUACCAUAUGAUGAACUGAAUAUGCCAUUCCCAGCUCACCUCACUUAUUGCUACAGCUGCAGAAAACAAAAAGUUCCUGACGUUCUUUUUACAACAAUAGAUCUUCCUACUGAUGCAACGGUUAUAGGAAAAGGUUGUCUUAUUCAAGCCAGGUUAUGUCGCUUAAAAAAGAAAGCUCAAGCAGAAGCAAAUGCUACCGCUAUCAGCAAUUUAUUGCCAUUUAUGGAAUAUGAAGUACACACUCAGUUAAUGAAUAAGCUAAAGCUCAAAGGAAUGAAUGCUUUGUUUGGACUUAGGAUUCAGAUUACCGUGGGUGAAAAUAUGUUGAUGGGCUUAGCAUCUGCAACAGGUGUAUAUUUAACAGCUUUACCAACGCCUGGUGGUAUCCAGAUCGCUGGGAAGACACCAAAUGAUGGUUCAUAUGAACAACAUAUAUCUCAUAUGCAAAAAAAGAUAAAUGAUACAAUAGCUAAGAACAAAGAGCUAUAUGAAAUCAAUCCUCCUGAAAUACCUGAAGAGAUAAUAGGAUCUCCCAUUCCAGAACCUCGGCAGCGUUCGAGAUUGUUAAGAUCUCAGUCUGAAAGUUCUGAUGAAGUUAUAGAACUAGAUCUCUCACAUGGAAAAAAAGAUGCGUUUGUACUAGAGAUUGAUGACACAGAUGCCAUGGAAGAUGUACAUUCUUUACUUACAGAUGUUCCUCCACCUUCAGGCUUUUAUAGCUGCAAUACAGAAAUUAUGCCUGGCAUCAAUAAUUGGACAUCUGAAAUACAGAUGUUCACUUCAGUAAGAGUAUCCAGAUUAAGCAACAUUAACCUGACAAAUCAGACACUCAAUAAGAACUUUAAUGAUCUCUGUGAAAACUUGCUCAAGAGCCUGUAUUUUAAACUUCGUUCUAUGAUACCCUGCUGCCUUUGCCAUGUCAAUUUUACAGUAUCUCUUCCUGAAGAUGAAUUAAUUCAGGUCACGGUCACAGCAGUUGCAAUAACAUUUGACAAACAUCAAGCUGUACAAACCACAAAAACUCAUGUGGAAAAGUCAUUACAAAGAGCUUCUACUGACAAUGAAGAACUUCUACAAUUUCCACUGGAACUUUGCACAGAUUCACUUGCUUCUCACACUUUUUCACCAGCUAAAGAACACCUGGAGAGUGCAAGUUCUAAUUCAGGUAUACCAGCUGCACAGAGAGCGACAUCAGUUGAUUACAGUUCCUUUGCAGACAGAUGCAACAGCUGGAUAGAGCUCAUUAAACUGAAAGCUCAGACCAUAAGACGUGGAUCAAUUAAGACAACUGUGUCAGUUGAGAAAGCAAGCCCAUUGACUGAAGGACAUUUCCGGCAACGUUCUGCUCCGUGUGCAAAUUCCACAGUUGGUGUGGUUAAGAUGACACCCCUUUCUUUCAUUCCUGGGGCAAAAAUAACAAAAUAUCUUGGUAUAAUUAAUAUGUUUUUUAUACGGGAAACCACUUCUUUACGUGAGGAAGGAGGAGUUAGUGGUUUUCUCCAUGCUUUUAUUGCUGAAGUGUUUGCAAUGGUGAGAGCUCAUGUUGCAGCAUUAGGAGGGAAUGCAGUUGUCUCCUAUAUAAUGAAGCAAUGUGUGUUUAUGGAAAAUCCAAACAAAAAUCAGGCACAAUGUCUAAUAAACGUAAGUGGCGAUGCGGUGAUUUUUGUACGUGAAUCUGAAUUAGAAAUUAUAUCACCUCAACAGCCUGUUGCCAGCUGCCAACCUGCAUGCAGUGGAGGAGAAAUUGCUACCUGAGAAAGACCAAGAAAAAAAUCAGUGCCUGUUGUAAGGUGUCUGUCUACUUCUUCAGAGUUGUUCCUUCUAGGAUUUUAAAAAGUAGAACUUAACAUGAGACAAUCAAGAAAGGUGUGAUGGAGAAGAAUUCUCUAACCCUUUAAUUUUGCCUGCACAGUCUAGACAAUAAGAGAAUUGACUUUAGGAUUUGUGAAGAAAAAUGGCACAGAACUGUUGAAGAAAAGAGGCAACUGUUUGUGAAAUUAGCUAUUUUUUAAUAAAUAUAGAGCUCCAAAUACUAUUUUUAAAUAAAGUGUGUUCAUUUGGAAGAAAUCGUUAAAAAAAAUCAAAACAAAAAACAGCUAAAACCUGGAACAUAAUCAGGACACUAGGACCGUUAUUCAGCUAUAAUUUUGAAAUAAGCACUAAAUUCACAAAUGUAUUUAAAAUGUGUGAGGAAAAACUUUAGCUAGUGGAAAUUAAGAAAGAUAACCGAAACUACAUGGAUUUGAGUUUCUUCAUUUGUUUUAUUUUGUUCAACAAUUUGAUAACUACUGCAUAAGGAGCAAGGAAGGUGCUUUUAACAAUCUUAUUUGUUUAUGUGUAUGUAAAGUCUUGUAAUUUGAAGUUAGUUAUAUGGCUAUAAUUACCACAUUUAAAAAAACAAUUUAUCAGCACCACGUCUUUUCAGUAUGUCUCCAUACUACUUCUCUGUCAGUAAAAUAAGAAAACAGUCUUGUAGUUUAGUAACUGAUUAUACCAAGCUAUUUUUUAAUUCCACAAAUGCUAAAUUUGGAAUUUCAAAUAUAAAAUAGAGACAGUGAAAUUCCUUUAUUGCAGGUUCAGUCUAACUUUGCCUAAAUUUAGACAAACUUCAUUCAAUGAGAUAGGGAAGUCAAUUUCUAAGAAAACUCUAUACUUUUAUUGAAUAAUAAACGGUGCUUUAGAAUAUAACAUGGGUUCCUCUGAACAAGUUUGGGUAGCAUUUAACCUGGAGUUUGUAAGUGUAACUUGAAUGUAAAUAUUGCUUUGCAUUUUCACAUAGGAAUAAUAUUUUUUCCCAUCAAUACAAAUACUCAUUGUAAGUGAAUUUUUUUCAAAAAUCACAUUCCUCCUUUGCACAAUAAAACUUAUAUACAAAACUUUCUUGCUUUGGUGUUUCAAGUGAACAUUGUGUUA